CAUUAGUUUGAUAAUGUUGUGUUUUGUGAUUCUGGCCUUUGUUUGUGUUUAAGUGUAUUUAAAUUACCAUGUACUUCAUAAUAAAGACCAUGGCAUAAAGUUUAAAAGCUUUACCACUUUUAGCCUAAAAGUUAAUAAUUUUUAAGUGAAUAAUGUUUAGUGAAUAGCUGAAAACAAUCCGUAAUAAUUAUGUAAAUACCUAGUAAUUUUUUACGUUUGAUAAAAGAUAUUUUUUAUAUAGUCUUCUAAGUUAGGCUGCGAUUAUUUUUAUUAAUGUAUAUUUUAUAUUAUUGAAAAGAAGGUUUUAUACCCUUCUAUUUUAUAGAAAGGUAAAGUAGGCUUCUAAUAUUGCGGGUUCCUGUUAAGAUUUAGAAUGUCUGAGCAAUCGAUACCCCAAUUAUUUGUUGAAGGACAGUUUCUACCUAACAAAUGGCUGCAUACUAAAAUAGAAACUGAGUAUAACAUUAAUGGGAAAGUGUUUACUAUACAAAAUGAUGAUAAUGAUGACUAUUAUAAAUUUGAAGUUGUUUCUGAUACAGACAGUUUGGGUGAGAGUAGCAGUGGAUUACUUGACAAAGACGAGUGCAAAUUCCUUCCCGUGUCCAUAAAAACAACACUUUAUGGUAUUAUUGUUAACGAUGAAAUAAUUGUUCCAAUUAAUAAUUGGCAUACAAUAAUAAAGUUGGAAGAUCACAUUUGGUGCUGUGUCUGUUUGGACAUUGAUGCAGAUGCGAUUACUCACAUCAAAAGCGAUAUGCAUAUAAAAAGUAUGAAACAGUAUCAGCCUCUGGACAGAUUUGAUUUGAACCUUGUAAGAUUGAUUGAUCAAUACUACCACUGUGCUGUAUGCAACGAAUCAUUCCAUAAAUCUGAAGAAUAUCAUUUUGACAGUGAAUCUCAUGAAAACAAGAUAUUAUAUGCAAUCAACCAUUGUUCAGAUGUUCAAGAUAUGCGGAAUAUUGACAAACUCACUUACCCAUUUGACCCCUUGUUCGCUCAUUUGUAUGAUUCCUCACAACCUCAAUCAUUUGAAUCCUCAAUCCCUCAUUCAGUUGAACCGUCGCACUAUCAUUCAAUCAAACACUCACCGAAUGACUCACCUAGUGUAUCAUCUUCAAGUUCACGCGCAGAUUAUGUGGAGAGCGUCAGUAUUACAAGUGAGAGUGGGAUUGAUUUCAAUGAAAAUGAUGGAUUUUAUGAUAUUAACUGGGAGAACAAGCCAGUUGAACGUUCAUAUGCAUCUGUUGCUGCGGCUGUGCCAAAGCUAUUUUUUAUAAACUGGUUUGGUAAAAAAUGUAAGAUUGAAAAAGAUGCUUGGAACAUGAUAAUAAAGAUAAAGAACCAUAUCAUCUAUUGUAUGGCAUGUAAAAUAAUCGCUGAUGUCCACCAAAAACGUGACCAUUGCUUAGAGAAGACACAUAUAAAAAAUCUCAAAUUGUGUACACCAGUUGAGAAAUACAAGAAUUACGUUAUAAGAAAGGUAGACGAGAAAUUCCACCACUGUGCCAAUUGCAAUAAUCUUCAAGUAGAGGAUAUGGUCGCUGAACAUAUUGAAAAGGCACACAAGCAAAAACCGAAAACGAUGAAAAAGCCAAGAAAAUCGAGAAGUGAAAUUGAAAAUAAAAAUGAAAGUAAAAUAAACAGUAACAGUUUGCAAAAUAACGGCAAUAAGCGUAAAGUUACUGAAGGAAAGGUUCAAGAAAUUACCGUCACAAAAAGUAAGGGUCAAGAAAUAAAUGACACCCAAAAUCAAGCAAUAAACGAGAUCAAAAUUAAAGUCCAAGAAAUAAACGAGAUCGAAAUUCAAGGCCAAGCAAUAAACGAGAUCGAAAUUAAAGGCCAAUCAAUAAACGACGUCGAAGUUAAACGCCAAGCAAUAAACGAGAUCGAAAUUCAAGGCCAAGCAAUAAACGAGAUCGAAAUUAAAGGCCAAGCAAUAAGCGAGAUCGAAAUUCAAGGUCAAAAAGUCAAUGUUAUCAAUUGUCAAGAAAAAAAUAAUGAUAUAACCAACAGUGAAAUAACGAUACAGCAAUUCGGUUGUAGGAUAAAAAUAUUAUUAUUAUCGUAUAAUUUAGUGUUUAUUACCCUAAAUAAUGAAGCUUACUGCAAUCUAUGUAAUAAAACAAUGAGUAUACUGAAUAUUUCUCAGCAUCUAAAGGACAAUUUACAUUUAUUUUUGAUGCAGCGAUUGUUCAUACCAAGUAUGGGCGUUAAUUUAAUAAGAACGAUCAAUGCCAUUGUUGGGAAUGGAAUCGUAAGGUUAAAUGCCGGGUUACAUUGCGCUUUAUGUCAUUCUGUUAUGAACAACAACAGUAUGGAACUGAUCAGGCACAUAACGACAUCACUUCAUAUUUUUAACUUAAAUAAAGCCCUUCGUGAUGGUCAAACAACCCAGAAUGACAAUACAGAAGAAAAGAAAGACCAGAGGCCAAUAGAAAAAGAAAAUGAUGAAGAAAAUAAACGUGAAGAUACACUAACAGGUGUUAAUAACUUAAAUAAAGCUCUUUGUAAGGGUCAAAGAAUACAGGAUGACAAUACAGAAGAAAAUAAAGACCAGAGGCCAAUAGAAAAAGACAAUGAUGAAGAAAAUAUUAAAGGUGAAGGAAAUGAACGUGAACAUACACCAACAGGUGUUGCCAACUUAAAUAAAUCUCUUUGUAAGGGUCAAAAAACCCAGGAUGACAAUAAAAAAGAAAAUAAAUACCAGAAGCCAAUAGAAAAACAAAAUGAUGAACAAAAUAUUAAAGAUACACCAAUAGAUGCCCAAAAGCCAGAUAAAGAUAAUUUGGUCAAUAUUGAAAAAGCCUCUGAAGCAAAUAUUAAACAUACGGAAAAAGUAAUUCGCAAAUCAAAAGUUAUUUCAGUUUUAAAAGAAAAUAAAAUAGAACAAGAUCCAGUGAUCGACAUAUAUACCGAAUUAGUUAAUCAUUUAAAAGAUCAAGGUUUAUGGAAUGAUAUAGGUGACCUGCGUGUAAAUGAAAUUUUCUUCGAAAUAAUAGUGGCUAAGUUGAAGAAUAAAAAUUUAAAAAUUAGCUUUGCAUCUUACAACACAUUUGUAUCUGUGGGCAACGGAGCUUGGUAUUGUGUUGUGUGCUCUGUGGAAUUUUUUAAAAUGGGCGUGCACUUUACUAUUGAUGGCCAUUUGAAGAAUUUAAGAAAACACACUUUUAUAGACAAACACGAUGUUAAUUUAAUUCGUCGGAAUAGGCAAUAUUAUCACUGCGGAAUAUGUAACGUAAUAACCACAAAAGAGGAGUUACAAACGCACUUAACAUGGAAUGAACACAGUAACAAUUUGUCUGAUAGUAUGAAAAAUCGGCACAGAAAUUUAAAAGAUUUAAAAACAAUCGAACUCAGUUUGGGAAAGGAAAAACAAUUCGACGACAUUUUGUUACAUACACAAAUUGUUGCAAACUAUAAAUUUGAAGCUGUCAACACUACGAGUGUUGCCAAGAAGAAUAAAAUUAUCACGCACGCUGGCAAAUCUUUUAAAUUAACGUGGGACGCGUGGCAGGGUGUUACGAAGAAUAAAAAUGGCUACAAGUGUAUAUUUUGCAGGGUAGAUAUGAAAAACUACGAUUUAUCAGGUCACGUGAAUUCAGAGAGGCAUACAAUAUUCUUGAAAUCAUUUGAAAAGAAAUACUUGCCCGCUUUGAUAAGGAAGAUCAACGACUCGACUGUAAACUGCCUCACUUGUGAUAGUGAAGUAUCGAGCAAAGAACAUAUAUUAUUAGAUCACAUAAAAGGUAAAAAACAUUUAAGAAACCAUAAAUACAUCCUUAAUGCGUCAGAUGAAAAUUGCCAUGAUGAUGUACUUAAUCUGUAAUGUCAAUUGUCUAUGAUAUUUGUCAACUGAUAAUGACAUUUCUCUAAACAUUUGUUUUAUCUAUAAAUAUGUUUUAAAGACUGAUUCAAAUUUUUUCUAUAUUUAUAUCUUUAGUUACGAGUCGUUUGGGAAAAAACUUUAAACGUCUCCGACUCGUAGCAAUUACGCUGUUUAGAGUAUUGCUUGUUAGACUAUUUUCUUUUUUUUUAAUUUGAAAUCUUUUAUGUAAUUAUUCGCGGGCAGGCUCAACUAUUCGACUUUCGACUUCGCCUAAUAUAUUCUACUUUCAAAUUAUAUUUUGGGGAAAUAAAUGUUAAUUGUCUGUGAAAUACUGACGCAUAGACAAGAUGUUUGAAGGUUAAUUUUAUAGUAUAGAUUAAUUGUGAAAAUGCUUUGAGUUCCGUUUAAAUAUGAUUCUUAAUAUCGCGUAUAAAACGUGAUAUGCCAAUGCCUAAAAACACACUUUUCCCGCGUAAAACGCGUUGUUGGUUUAGAUUGAAAUCUGCAUUUUAAUAUUAUUUUCUGUGUGAGGCUGCAUUGCACAUUCCGACUAUUUUAUAAGACAGAGUCAUAGAUUAAAUUAAGUCUAUUAGUACAUUAUGAAUAAACGGUGCAAAUUAUUAGUUAACUCUUAAAUAUUAAGCUUGCAUAUAUAGUGGAUAUAAGUAUAAGUGGAUAAAUCUUUAAUAAAUAGUUUAUGUAGCUGGUAACUUUAAUGAACGAUUCUGUGUGGGAGUGACUGACUGUGAUUCUCAUUCUUUUUUUAGUGAUUUUCUCUCGUUUUGAUGACUUUUCUUUUUUACCUUUUCUAUUAUGCAAUACGUAAAACGUUUAUACAUUAACUUUAUAUAUUUUAUUUACUUUUUAAUCUUUUACAAAAGUGACCAAAGUAAUUUGUCGUGGCUUGUUUUAAUCCAAUUAAAACAAAUUAAAGCUGCAAAUAAGUGAUUUGUAAUUCGGUAAAAUUUAAAUUUUUGAAUUCCCCUUCAUAUUGUAUAGCGAAUUUAUUAGUAAUUAUUGUAUAAGUAAAGUUAUUUAUUAGGAAAUACAGAUUUAGGGUAAAUUAUGUCGAGACUUAGCGCGAACUAUGACAUAUGUCAAAACGCAGUAAUUGACGUAUGUGUCAUUAGCCCGCUUACUCCUUUGUCAUAAACGUCAUAAUUCCCGCUAAGACAUUUCGUCUUGUAUAAUGUACAAUAAUAAUAUACAUACAUGCAACAACAUUUAAGUGUUACAGUAUUAUUUGAAGCCAUAUUGUAAAAUUAUAACUAAUUAAAAUAAAGUUGUUGUGAUA